AUGAAUAACACCUCUGUUACUUUAACGACAUGUUUUUUCCUCGACACUACUUCUGAGCCCUCGGAGCAUUUCGAUUCCUUAAGUCUUGCCUGCCUUGUUCUCCAUUCUGUUUCAUUUCUGCCCGCGGCGCUUGGUAAUGGCAUUGUGGCGCUGACAACAUUAAAAACACCUUCGCUUCACAAGCCCUCUUUUGUGCUGCUGAGUUGCGCAGCCAUGGCAGAUUCACUCACUGGAUUUCUCGCUCAACCGGUAGCAAUGGCGUCGUUCGCUGCUAAAUUGCGAAGAAAAUUAAUAACUGCUUGUCAGUUGGACGUCGUGAAGGAAAUCAUGGGUUGGUUGUUUAGCGGAGUAUCCGUUAGCAUUUUAGCUUUGCUGAGCGUUGAACGCUAUCUCGUGCUUCACUUAGGAACGCGCUACCGUUCAGUUGUCACAGUGAAACGUGUUCUCCUGGCUGUCACUGUUUUCUGGUUGUCGCUGGUAAUAUUGGAAAUUCUUCGCUUCCUUGUUUUGAAUAACAAGACAUUUACAGCCAUCCAUGUUCCAUUCAUGUUUCUAAGCCUCAUGACUCUCACAGCGACUUACUUUCAAAUCCAUCAUUAUAUAAAGAGACAGAGUCUAAAACUGACUCCGGCAAAUAAUCGACACGUACACAGCUUUGACAUUGCCAAAUACAAGAAAAUCACUGUGGCUGUUCUGUACAUUGUUUGUUUUUACUGGUUGUUUUUUGCACCAUUCGUGUGCGUUCUUGUGGCUUAUCUCAUUCUUGGUUUCUCGGAAACCGUUGAAGGAGCUUAUUACAUCACCACAACUGUUAUUCUGGCGAAUGCGGCCGUAAACCCAUUUUUGUAUUGCUGGAAGCUACGAGCUCUUCGGAAAGCAGUGUUGAUAAAUUUGAAGUUGAUACUUCACCUGGACUAG